UUUCAAAGGCUUUGGAUCUGGCUGCCCUUUCCACAGAGCAUUCUCAGUACAAGGACUGGUGGUGGAAAGUACAGAUUGGAAAAUGUUACUACAGGUUAGGAAUGUAUCGUGAAGCAGAAAAACAGUUUAAGUCAGCCCUGAAGCAGCAGGAAAUGGUAGAUACAUUGCUCUACUUGGCAAAAGUUUAUAUCUCAUUGGAUCAACCUAUGACUGCUUUAAAUCUUUUCAAACGAGGUUUAGAUAAGUUUCCAGGAGAAGUAACCCUGCUCUGUGGAAUUGCCAGAAUCUACGAGGAAAUGAACAAUAGUUCAGCAGCAGCUGAAUACUACAAAGAAGUUUUGAAACAAGACAAUACUCAUGUAGAAGCCAUUGCCUGCAUUGGAAGCAACCACUUUUAUUCUGACCAGCCAGAAAUAGCUCUCCGGUUUUACAGGCGACUCCUGCAGAUGGGCAUUUACAACUGCCAGCUUUUUAACAAUCUGGGGCUGUGUUGCUUCUAUGCCCAGCAGUAUGAUAUGACUCUGAACUCAUUUGAACGUGCCCUUUCCCUGGCAGAAAAUGAGGAAGAGACAGCCGAUGUCUGGUACAACUUGGGACAUGUAGCUGUGGGAAUAGGAGAUACGAAUUUGGCCCAUCAGUGCUUCAGGCUGGCUCUGGUCAACAACAACCACCAUGCCGAGGCCUACAACAACCUGGCUGUGCUGGAGAUGCGGAAGGGCCAUGUCGAACAGGCAAGGGCACUAUUGCAAACUGCGUCAGAUUUAGCACCCCAUAUAUAUGAACCGCAUUUUAAUUUUGCAACAAUCUCUGAUAAGAUUGGAGAUCUGCAGAGAAGCUAUGUUGCUGCACAGAAGUCUGAAGCAGCAUUUCCAGAUCAUGUGGAUACUCAACAUUUAAUUAAACAAUUAAAGCAGCAUUUUGCUGUGCUCUGAUUGUUCCUUAGACCAAAGAUGAAGGGGCAUUAUAUACAAGGGAAAAAAGUAAUGUGCAUAUGCAUGUAUAUAGUAUAAUAUAUAUAUUUUACAAACCUGUGCUUGAUAUUAGU